AUGGUAAUUGGUAUUUUAUCUAUAAAGGGUGUGGAUGCUGGGUUGAACGCGAAGGAAUCGGGGGACGCGACCCACUUCGCCACAGACGGUCCCGCGCCUCGCCGCUAUGACGGGCACACGCCCCGCACCGUCCGCUGUGUGCCCGUCUUUGUCCGGAGUGAAAAGUCCAACGCGCUCGUCGAGCACCGGGACGCGGUCGGGCGAUCUGAGGUCCAGUGA